CUCUGCUCAGACUUUCUGCAGUAGCAUGUUGUAUUGGCAUGUUCUAUGGUCUCUUCUUUGCGGCUGUCUACUAGCUCCGGGGUUCCUAGGCUGGAUUGCAACCGUCCUACUGCCUCUAGGUUAUAUCUCCAUAUCUUCUGUUUUCUGGGUAGUAGCGCAGGCCCCCUUGCCUGGAUACACUCCAGUUUGGUCUGCUUCUGUCUAUUGUAUGGUCCGUCAUUAUGGCUGAAGAUUAUUCUGAUCAUUCUUGGAGAAAUGUUUAGAAUGAUCACACACUUGAUCUUACGUCUUACCUUGGGAUUAGCGCCCAACCAUUCGCGGGACAAAGAUGUGACCAUCCGACUCCCGCCGCAAAUGACUUGCAUCUGAAAUAGAAUCUUUUGGGGAAGAUUCUUGAGAAGCUCAAGAAUUUGAGUGCCGAGCGUCAAAGAAUAGAUGAGGAGCAACAGAGGAUAAACGCAGAGGAGCAGAAAAUCCUUUCGCAACUUGUUCGAAUUCUCAAGAUCCUAAAUCUUGCCGAGGAUCGCGCAAAGGCAAAAGCUGCUGCCUAAUGGAUGAACUGAAAGAAGAGGAAGAGGCAGAGAAUCUGGAACGGCGGCCUAACAGACGGAGAGCUUCGCGAGACGACUGAUACCGUCACCUUCGAUCCAGCUACCAAAGUCUUCACCGGAGGGAUCCCAACUGAGCUAGGAUUCUGAGCGUAGAACGGCUGUGUUAGGAAUAUCUUCCCAAUGGCGACUAGCUCUGCUAACGCAAGCUACUUCGGAAGUUAUGAGCUGCCUCGAGCCAGUGGGCAGCAGUAUUUUCUCCGGGGGUGUUGAGGAAAGGGACGAUCAAUAAGAGGAGAAAGACUUUAUAGCUUGGGGUAGUGAAGCUUCAGGUACGGAAGGAGAUUCAAACCGACAGAAUAGAUAAACUAUACAAUUUAAUUACAGUGAUCGUAG